AUAGGUCUCAACGAGGCUACUCAGAACAGGAGUAGUAUUGCGACAACAGCCGCCUUAUUUUCGGCAGCAUUUUGGCGCUACUUUCGUCACAUCAUUUGCCUACUCAUUUGCCUAAUUAGCAAAAGUUUUAGCCAUCAUGGCGAAAGUUUUAGAGAAAAAAGACGAGGAUCGUGCCAGGGAAAUAGACAAGUCGAACGGGAUCAGGAACUGCUUAAGACGGGCAUGGCUCGAGAGCAGCGUCAUCUUACAACUCGGAACACAAAGACGCGCUUAAAGCAGUGCGACAGUGAGUGCCCGGUGCGCUGGGGUUGCGCGAUCGGACUAAAUUAAGCUCCCUGCGCACUGAGGUCCACUUAAAUUUUGGAAAGUACAUCAGGAGUUUAAUAAUAUUUUCUAAAUUUCAGCAACGGCUCUCUCAGAAUAAUGCAACCAGCGCGAUGCAGUUGCGCGGUCGGCGAAGCGCUGCGGUUGCGCGUUCGGCGGUGCGCUGCAGUUGCGCGAUCAGACAAAAAUGCGCAAAUGAAAAAAAUGCUUAAAAAAAGUCUUUCCAUUAUUUGUAAUGGGAAAAUAGAUUCGGAAUUCGACCGAUUCACUUCUCGAACCUUCUUCUGGAACGGAUUGUGGUCAAAAACCGAGGCUUGACUGUAUUAUAUUAAUCUUGGUAGCCCACUAAGCAGGAAUAUUUUUUUAACAAAACUGUUGAAAUUGAGUGAUGAAAUUAAUGGUUUUGGGGUUGCUAUAUUGCCAAAAUCCAGGAGUUUCCAGGGAGCUUUCCCCCCUGAGACCCCUCCGGGGCGUUGCCCCUGGCCCCCUGCGGCCCUCAAUGAGGGGCUUGCGGGCCCUGUGGCCCCCCAAUAGGGGCCUGCGGCCCCUGCAGCCCCCAACGGGGGCCUGUGACCCCCGGCCCACUGCGGCCCCCAUUGGGGGGGCACAGGCCCCUGGCCCCCUGCGGCAAGUGGGGCAUGCGGCCCCCAGAACCUGGCUACUUUUCAGUGGUUGUUUUCAUUUGCCGUUGUCAUCCCUGCUGUUGGUUUAUAAGUGCAGUGAAUAGAUCUUUCUGUUGUAAUAGAUCGUUUACCUGUAAAACUGUCAUGUAAUCGUCCUCGGGAUUGGAUUCUUAUUUUUGUUUGUUGGUCUUUGUUUUUGUUUUAGUGGGAUGAUUUCACUGGGUUCUGUAUGUUGGCAAUCCUCUUUUGAUGGUCACAGGGUCUCCGAAGGGCGCGCGCCGCUAGGGUUGCCGCUCCGAGUCUCAGGAAAGCACAUGCAGCAUCGGGGUCAGGGCUUGACAAACCUGUUAAAAACCUGUUUUUUGUUUACCUACUCCAUUGUACCAUCAAAGGGCCUGGACUUUGUGUUGUAGCCUGUUAUGGUCCUCACACCAUCCCAGACAUAGGCAGCCAUGGACACCCAUAUUCCCCAUGACCUUGAAAAAGUUCUUGGCGUUAAGCAGUCCACACUCUGUCCAGCAGAAACUAUUGAAGGCAGACUUCCAUGGUGCCAUUAUCACAGUGGUUCGGUCCAAAUGCCCUUCAUAUGUGGGCACUACAGGAAUUUUGAUCCAGGAGUUCAAGCAUGUUUUCAAAAUGAUUACAAAACAAGACAAAUUCAAAGAACAAAGGGGCUCCGUCCUGGGAUGUCGCCGGGCUCGUCUGCUAUUCCUCCCCUGGAUGGAAAGCGUCGGAAGCGGUGUGCGAGGAGGCAGAAGAGGGGCAAGCGCGGAGGCGUCUGGGCGGAGGCGUCCGGGCUGGGCUGGCGGCCAACCCAGCUCGCCCGGCCGUGCCUUCCAUUCUUCUGGCGAAUGUUCGAUCGCUGGACAACGAAGUGGAUUACAUUCGCCUGCUGAGAUCUACGAAACGGACAUAAUCCCGAAGAGGAACAGUGUAUUUCAAGUUGAGAUAAAUGGCUUCAUCUCUUUCAUCUACGGAAACAAGUUUGAGCAGCGAGCCAGCGAGCGCUCAGCAAAGAAGUUCAAAUUCAGUGGAAGUAUUGACUUGUGAAAGUAGGCAGCAUGUUAAUCAUCCCGUUCCUUCUCCCCCUCGCUCCAGCUUUUGCUAGUAAGGUGGCAAAGAUCUCUGUUGAAAUAGGACAUGUAUAAGCCAGGGUGGAUAUAUUCUGGUUCAACUACUGAUGCAUUCAAGUAAUACUGGCAAAAUUUGCCCUUUUGAGUCAGUAUUUUAAUUAAUUGACAUAACUAAUCCCAGGUACUAAUAUCUUUUGGGGGGGGGGGGUCGUUAAGAUAAGAGGUCUGAAAAUGGCUUGUACUGAACUGCUUCUCAAAGAUGGAUCUCCAACUCGGCAAGGCAACUGCAUCUUGCAAGGCCAAUAGAAAUUUCACGCAUUGAAUUUAUUAAUUUGGAAACUACCUAAUAAAACUAAAGAUAAGUCUUGAAUUUA